UCAUGCAUGUUUUUUUCUUGGGGUAACUGGGAUGUCCUCUUCCUGCUGAAGAUAAUCGAAAGCAAGAAUAGGACCAAAUGGGAAAGGGCAUUUACAUCUCUUUCUAGUCACAGACCCGGGUGAAAUCCAACAUAUUUACAGCAUUUUAACUGUGGUCCUGCUACAUUCCGCUCGUUGUUUACAAGCUAUCUUCAAUAGUAGAUGUCAGUAGGCGGUGGAAAUGGAGCGCGGAGACGUUUCGUCCACUAACGCAGACUGGAUGUCUCAACUGCCAGAGGAACUGUGGGGUACACCGCUUUGGGACCUGGCGAUACCCGGGAGUCAUGACAGCAUGAGUUACUGCCUGGAUACACACUCUCCUGUCUUGGGUUCUGAGUCYGUCAUGCUGCAGUUUCUGGAUCGACUGGCACCCUGCAUUGUACGCCCCUGUGUCUACCGCUGGGCCACCACACAGGCGUGGUGUAUUCCUGAUCAGUUGGAUGCUGGAAUCCGGUUCUUCGAUCUACGGAUCGCCCAUAAAAACAUCAAAAAUACACACAACACACAAGACUUGCUAAAAACACACAACACAGAUGACACGCUGUACUUCGCACACGCGAUCUAUACACUACAGACUGUAAAGGUACGGUAUAGAGGCCCUGUCAACCAUGCUGUGUGGUUGAAGCAGCACCAGAAGGAGGUAGUGAUCCUGUCCUGUUCCCACUUCUACCUGCUGACUGACUCUGAGCACCAGGCCCUGGUCUGCUACAUCACUCAGCUGUUUAAAGACAAACUCUGCCCCCCACAGGAGACUCCCUAUCUGAGCCAGUGCUGGGAUCUGGGGCAGCAGGUCAUCAUUUCGUACGACGAUGAGACGAUUCUUCACCAACACAAGGAACUGUGGUCUAAGAUCCCUUACUGGUACGCUGACUCGGCAGACCCCAAAGAGGUCAUUUCUUACCUGGAGGAGCGGCAGAAGGCCCAAGGAAGAGCAGCUCAUUUCUUCACCUCGGGGCUGAACCUGACUGAGGAUACUACUGUGGUGGUCUGCAACCCCUGUCUGACGAUGAGGAAGUUAACGAUGAAGAGUUUCUCCCUGCUGCUGGACUGGGUGGAGAAGCAGACUCCUGGACCGGACCAGACUGCUGUCAACAUCAUCUGUGGAGACUUUGUGGGUCUGAACCACUUUGCCUCUGUGGUUAUCGGGCUCAAUAAGAAACUACUGAAGACAGAGAGCCACAGAUGACUCACAAGGGACGGAGUGAGAAAGAGACCGACAGAUUAACAUGCACAGAAUCCCAAAUGGCUUCUAGCUCCUUCUCCCUAUGCAGUUGUGGAGAUCUGAGAGGUUUGGUUAGGUGUAAUCAACAUGGUACUCUGAUACACUAGAUCAGGGGUGUCAAACUCAUUCCAUGGAGGGCCUACUGUCUGUGGGUUUUUUGGUUUUUCCUUUCAUUUACACCUAGACAACCAGGUGAGGGGAGUUCCUUACUAAUUAGUGACCUUAUUUCAUCAAUCAUGUACAAGGGAGGAUCGAAAACACGCAGACACUCAGUCCUCUGUGGAAUGAGUUUGAUACGUGCACUACUAGAUCAUAUGAAUGAGUUUGACACGUGCACUACUAGAUCAUAUGAAUGAGUUUGACACGUGCACUGCUAGAUCAUAUGAACGAGUUCCCAUGUUUCCCUACGUCUACCUAGAGCACAGGGUGUCAGGUUUACUGUGUUGUUAAUGAGUGUGAUGGAUACAAUCAGAGGUUUUUACAUUCUAAAGUGAUGCCAAAGGAAAAGUUCCAUCAGAUGGACAAUAUAAUUUAUUUUCUAUUCUAUAUGCAAAUACACUACAUGCAGGGGCAAAUACAUAAAUGUCUAUUGAACUUUU